AUGUCGCUUCGCACAGCGUGGGACGCGUUCGUCUCUGCUAACACCGUGCAGGACGCCAUAAGUUCCCACGAUCACCUUACCAAGGAGUGCGGUGUUGGCUCUGCCGACUUCGCUGCACUGCACAAGGCGCUCUCUGCGAGCAGCAUUCCCUACCGCUCAAAACAGCUCAUCAAUCUGCUACUCGAGAGCAACGCUCGUCGCCCGUGCGCCGAGAACCCACUCGAUGUCGUGGUUUCUGGCGCUGGGCCCUGCGGCCUGCGGGGGGCGGUCGAGCUCGCGAUGUGCGGACACCGCGUCACGGUGCUCGAGAAACGUGUGGACUUCUCGCGAGUCAAUAUCCUGAUGCUGUGGAAGCAAACCGCGAACGACCUCCUCAGUUUAGGAGCCAAGGCCUACUUUCCUACCUUCAACGACAAGGCCGACAUUAUCCAUAUGGGCACCCGCUCCAUUCAGCUCACGCUGCUAAAGAACGCCCUCCUCAUGGGCGUAUCCUUCUCAUAUGGCGCCGAGCUGGUUGCUGUCCAGGCACCUGCGACGUCGAGCGGGAAGUGGCGAGCAUUGGGAAAGCCUGCCGGAAUCCCUGCCGCGGCGCACGCCGCAGGCGCCGUCGGCUUCAAGCAGUGCAAGUUGGGCGCGUACGAGCGGGAAAAGCACGAGGGAAGGUGCUUGUAG